GUAAAAUUUGAAGCAACUAAAGGUGGUGAACCAACAAUUACAAAAUCCCGAUCACCUAAACUAAGAACAAGUGAAAAUUUGUGUAUUCUAAAAGUUCUGAAAGAAAAUGGGAAAAAUUAUAAUACAAUAAAUAAGACUAAACAUAUAAAAUAAGGUCGAAACAACAAAUUUUAGAGCUAAAAGGGAAGAGAAAGACAUUAGUCUCAUCCAGCGCCGUUUUAGACAACAAAAAUAGAAGAAAAAAAAGAAAACAUUGGUCUGCCUUUGAUUCAUAGUUUGCGCCAGAAUCAGAAUCCAGAUGAGCUUUCUCCUCCAAACAUUUCUUCUUCUAGGGUUUAUUUAUUCUUAAAUGAACUCUUCUCUAUCUCUUCCCAUUUCUCAUUCUCCCUCCAAAUUCUAGGGUUUCUAUUACCACUUUGACUAAUUUUCUCCACAUUCUCUCUUUCUUCAACCCAUAAAACCUCGUCGUUUCUCAUUCUCUCUCCCUCUCUCUUACAGUCUGCGGUUUUUUGGAUUUUGGCAAUUUGCAUUUUCCUAUGUUUCUCUGAUUAAAGGUUGAAGUUCUGUUGGUGGAGGUGGCGGGGAUGAAUAGUGUAUUCAGCGAACAAAUUCUUGCGGAUAAGCUCUCUAAGCUCAAUAGCACCCAGCAGUGCAUUGAAACUUUGUCACAUUGGUGCAUAUUUCACCGAAGCAAAGCAGAACAAGUUGUUGAAACAUGGGAUAAACAGUUCCAUGGUUCACAGAUAGCACAGAAAGUUCCUUUAUUGUAUCUUGCAAAUGAUAUCCUUCAGAACAGUAAACGUAAGGGAAAUGAAUUUGUAUCAGAGUUCUGGAAAGUUCUUCCUGCUGCACUCAAAGACCUUUCUGAGAAAGGUGAUGAUCGGGGCAAGAGUGUGGUUACUCGAUUGGUAAAUAUAUGGGAAGAAAGAAGAGUUUUUGGAUCUUCCGCUCGAAGCCUCAAAGAUGUAAUGCUUGGCAAAGAUGCGCCUCCACCAUUGGAGUUCAGCAAAAAACGUUCGCGGUCUGUCAAAAUCAUGAAGCGGGAUUCUCGAUCCAUUAAAACAAAAUUGACUAUUGGAGGUGCUGCGGAAAAAAUUGUAUCGGCAUUUCACUUGGUUGGCAAUGAACAUCAAACUGAAGAGGCAGAGAUGAAUAACUGUAAGUCUGCAGUCAAUCGUAUAAGGAAGAUGGAGAAGGAAGUUGACAUUGCAUGUAGUAAUGGAAAAGAUCCCAAAAGAAAUAUGCUGGCUAAAGAAAUAGAGGAAGAAGAAAAUCUUCUGAAACAAAGUAUUGAGAAAUUAAAAUCAGUUGAAGCUAGUAGAGUAGCUCUCGUGUCUCAGUUAAAAGAAGCUCUUCAUGAACAGGAAGCUGAGCUGGAGAACAUUCGAACUCAGAUGCAGGUGGGACAGGCACAGGCAGAUGAAGCCAGCAACAUGCGUAAGCGGCUCAAUGAUGAAGAUUAUGUACCCAGGGCAUCUACUUCCACAACACAAGCGGUUGAUACAAAUGCAACAGGAAAAACAACUAAGAGAUCAGCUGCAGCCAUUGCUGCUGAAGUAGCAGAUAAGCUUGCAGCUUCCAGCUCCUCUCAACUGAUUAUGCAUUCUGUUCUUUCCACAUUUGCAGCUGAAGAAGCGAAGAGUGCUGGUUUAACGAAGAACUCAAAGCCUGAGAAGUCCUUGCCCAUUUCAGAUCCCAAUGUUUUUAUGCCAGCACAGUCACUGACUGCUCCAUCUAACCAUUCAUAUCAGUCAGUUAUGUUAGCCCCACCAACCAUGCAGAAUCAGGCCCCCAGUUCUCAAGCUCAAUAUCACAUGCUUCCAAACCCACCCUCCCAACAAUAUAUGCAACCAUCAGGGGGUAUUAUUACACCAUAUGGUUAUGGUAGUAUUUCUCCCUUGCCUCCAGGGCCGCUGCCACCCCCACCCUAUGUGGUGAGUCCAAUGGUGCCUUUGAAUCAACAACCAUCUCAAAUAACUCAGCAGCAACCAAUGCCACUGGCACAACAGCAAGCCCCAAUACCCCAGCAACAACCAAUGCCCUUAACUCAACAAGCCCCAGGACCUCCUAGUUUUCGACCCCUGCAGCCACCUGGGAUGGUGUAUUACGGGCACCCUCCCCAUUCUUGAUCACCUUUAGGUGGGUAGAUAGUAUAAUCACUGUGACCGCUUUUUUAGGGCAGGGUUAACUUUUCUGAGUAUUUUGAAAUUUUGUUUGUGAUAGAUCAGCUUUACUGAGAUCUACAACAUACAGAAAUCUGAAAACAAUUAAACAAAAA